AUCUAUAGAAUUUCUUCAAGAAAUUAUUCCUGGAGCUAUAUAUAUUAUGAAAAAUUGUGAUAGUAAUGAAGUUUUACAGUCUGCUGAGGAAGUUUUAAGACAAGUUAUUCUUAAAGAUUAUGAUAAACUUAUUAAUUUAAAAAGUGAAACAGGGAUGUCUAUUUUUGAUGAAAUAAUGAAUAUUUUGAGGAUUUUGUUGGAAAAAUCUGUUUCAGAAUCAGUAAACUUUUUUUUUGGGCCACUUGUAAUAGCUAUAAUUUAUAAGGCAGGAGAAAAGUUUAGAGAUUAUUUGCCAAAUUUUUUAGAAGCAAUUGUUAUUCGACUUACUUAUCCUUCUUCACCUCGUUUUUGUCAGGAAUUGAUAUUAAUAUUUGCACAUUUAAUUAUUAAUCAAACAAAAGUUACCGUGGAUUUUCUUUAUAAUAUAAGAAUAAAUGGAGUUACAGGUUUAGAAAUUCUAUUAAAAUCAUGGUGUGAAAAUAUUGAUAUUAUACAUGGUUAUAAGAAUAUUCGUACAAGUUCUGUUGCAUUAAUAAAUUUGUUCAUGUUACAAGAUCAACGUCUUUCAGAUAUCAUUGUAAAAGGAGAUUUGAUUAUUAAUGAAUCUAAUGAAAUAAUAACUCGAUCAAAAGCUAAACUAAAUUCUGAAAAAUAUCUUUAUGUUUCUUUUCUAGUAAAAGUAAUAAAAAUAUUAUUAAAGGAACUGUCAAGUUUUAUAGAAGUUGAUGAUAAAAGAUCAAUUGGAAUUUCUAAAGCUAAUUUAUCUGAUGAUGAUGAAUGGGAAAAUGAUCUAGAUUCUAAUACCUAUAAUGCUGAUGAAACAUAUACUUUACUUAAUAAUGACGAUUCUAUAGAAGAUCCUUUAAAUGAUUUGGAUUUACAGAAAUUUCUUGUUGAUUUUUUCAAAAAUAUUCUAUCUAAUAAUAUCAAUGAUAUUAAAUCUAUAGCAUCUUAUUUAACGCAAGAAGAAUGCUCUAUUUUAGCUUCUGUUACAAUUUAAUAUAUUAUAUAUUUAUAUAUUAAAUGUUGCGAUUGGACGUAG